AUGGCACAUAUUUCUAUGGCCUCCAGUUUUGAGAUGAAUCCAAGCUCUGAAAUUGAGCUUCAAUCAUCAAACCUGAAUGGGCAGUCGACUAAUGCCGGGUUUAAUCACUUGGUGUCCAUUCAGCAGCAACCGCGCCUUCUAUCGGCUUCCAACCACAGAAGAACCCCAGCGUUGCAACUCGUGCCGCAGAAAGCCAGAUCUGCCCUGCGCCAGGUUUCCAGUUCUGUGGACGAUUUCGGUCAGAAGCUUGCGUGGAGCAACAGAGCUUCAAAAGGGCGAAGCUUUGAGAGUUUGCAUUCAGAAAUCUCUCUCGAUUCUGUUAAGCCGAGGCAGUCUGGUCUUAAGGCAACCCUCAAUCACCAGGAAUACUUGGCGGAAACUAGAGGGGACUCAACUAUUGACUCUACCGAUCAAACGUGUUUGUCAGCUCAGAACAAUUGUGGUGUCGAUAUACCACGACUCCCGUUUCCUCUCAUCAGUCUGCCACAGGCUGCUCGUUUACAACACAUUCGUCGGGAACGUGGCGAAGAGGACCACACUGACCAUGGGAGCUCAUUCAUGAGCCGCGUGGCAUCUAGAACCAUCAGUACAAUUUCAUCUUCAACAAGCCCUCGUACUCCCCUCUCCAACAGUUUGGAGGCAGCCUUUGGUGAGUGUGCCACCAAAUUGACGCCCGCUGGAGCGGUGCACUUCCUCCAUCAAGGUCCGCCCCAGUCACCAUGGACUCAUCAUGCACAAAAUGGCAGUAUUUCAUCUCUGGCGUUGCUUGGACAAGCUAGCACCAUAGAUGCUUCAGACAGAGGGUUUCACUCUCAGUGGUACAGAGCAGUGUCUCAUGACUCGCCAGGAGACGCUCUUCUUCCCCAAAACCCUAGGUAUGAUGGGCUCUACACUACACGAGUAACUGAACGUACACCCCGACCGUUACACGAUGGCAUCUUCAGUCCCUCUGAAUCGUACCUAAUCGAAUCGGCUCGCGAGGAUAUCCUACUCCGGCGCCGCUGCUCCUACAUUGGGAGACAACAGCUGAAUACUAUUUACCGGUGCACUAUGGCAGUUUCAACAGUGUGUCCACUAGCCGGUCUUCUGGCGUUAUUCGGUGUCCUCGAUUCCACAAUCGCCUGGCGCACAAAGGGGGAGAUACAAUCGUUCACAAGGGGUCAGCGGACGAACCUCAAACGUCUUUUACUUGUGCAGGUUAUUCUUUACACAACAAUUGCGGUCACUUUGGCUAUCUACUUUUCUGUUGGAUUGUGA